AUUCCCCAAAUGCCAUUUUUGUUACUCUAAGGCGGCCUUGGCGUGACUACGACAUCACGCCGCUGGCCAGUGAUUGGUCGAGAGUACUGGCGGAAGAAGCCGUGCUAUGGUUUUCGGGCCGCUGCAGAGGCAGUGCUAGUUUAGUGAAGAUGCGGUGGCCCGUUCCGCCGGUUGGGUACCUACUACUGGGCGGACAGGGCCUACUGCUCACCUUCUCCCUUAUAUCCUCACAGAAUCAAACCAGCCCUGUAACCUACCCGGACCUCAACCUUAGUGCCGCUCCGGAGCCCAGGGAUCCUCUGGGACCUCUAGUAUUGUGCUCUUACCUGCCAGAAGAGUUUGUAGAAUGUGAUGAUCCAGUGGACCACAUGGGUAAUGGAACAGCACAGCAAGAGCUUAGAUACGGCUGUAAAAAGUUUGGGGGUCAAGCGUAUGGUGAUGUGGAGCACACUCAGGUGAUGUGCCGGGCUUUAGAUGGGAUAGAAUGUGACGGACCUCGUUCUUUUCUGCGAGGGAACAAACCCUGUAUUAAAUACACAGGGCACUAUUUCAUCACCACCCUCCUGUAUUCGUUCUUCCUCGGCUGCUUCGGAGUCGACCGUUUCUGUUUGGGUCACACAGGCACAGCUGUGGGCAAGCUCCUAACGCUGGGGGGGCUGGGGAUCUGGUGGUUUGUGGAUCUUAUUUUGCUCAUUACCGGGGGUCUCAUGCCAAGUGACAACAGCAAUUGGUGCACCAUCUACUGAUGCCCCCUGACGAUCAUCUGUUUUGAAGGAGUGCAAUGGCAUUGCGGGAUGGGAGAGAAAGAAGACCAGGAGAGUGUAUCAUGGGGCUUCCCCAACAGGGAAUUCAUGCCAAAUAUAGAAUUUUAAAUAAUCUAAUUUACACAGUUUUGUAUGCAAAAUCCAACUGAUUGCCCUUCAAAUUGUUCCAACUGGAGGACUGCAUUUACUGCCCCUAUGGUCUGCAAGGGCCCAGACUGUAUCCCUGCCACGACUGAGGCCAUCAUUGUGCUGUUCCCAGCACUUUUACUCCCGUGGGUACAUAGGGAGAGGAUUCUACUGUCUGGCCUGUUCCAUGGGGCGCCUUCUACACCUUUGUCUGAGAGUGUGGAAAUUAAAACCGAGUAUGUACCUGGAUUUGCACUGAUCCCUGUGUAAUGAACAAUGAUGUAAAUAAGUACACUGAAUGCAAUUUCAUAUAAAUUAUAAUUAACACAUUACAUCGGCUGUGUUAGUUGUUAGUUAUUGCCAGGGGCACGCUGGUGCUUUUGUUCUAUUAUAAUACCUAUAUGUAUUUGGGUUAUUCUGAUAGGUGGAGCUGGUAAGUGAAUCUUGACUUUCAAAUGACAGUUUGUCAGAGCAUAUUCACAGCACUUGGGCCCGCCCCAGAAUGCUUUGCUUCCCUUUGUGCUCCUUCAUUUGCUUAUCUUUAAUCUCAUCUUAUUUUUCAAAAUUCCCUUUUCUCUCUAAUAAUAAAACAGUAGAUUGUACUGGAUCCUAACUAAGCUGCAUGAAUCCAUAUGUGGCAAAAUAAUUCCAUUUGGCUUUAUUUAAUAUUGUAAUGAUUUUAAGCAGACAUGAGGUCUGCUGAUCCCAAUUAUGUAAAGAUCUGCUAUCCAGAAAACCCUAGGUCCUGAGUAUACUGGAUAACAGAUUCAAUACCUGUACUAUUAUAUUGAGCACAACACCACUAUUUUGUCCAAAAGAUACCUUGCUGGAUCCCCUGGUGCAUUUUCAUUUAAGGAGGAGCAGGAUCUGACCAUAGAAAUUAUAAUAACUGUUGUACCCCCAGUCAUUAACCCUUUCUUGAAGAGGGAAACCUGGUUUCUUUUUGUACUUCAGACAAUUGGAGGGUUGCGCUGCCCCCUAGCCAAGCAUGGCAGAACAACAAGAGAUGUUGGCACUAGAGUACAGCUAGAGCUUCCCAACUAACUGCUACGUUAAAUACAUAAACAAGAAAAUUAUUGGGCCAAAGGUGGAGGCUGGCUAAUUAAAGAUAUUUUUCUACCUUAAGGUAGCCAUACACGGGCAGAUUUAAAGGGGUUGUUCAACUUGAUGUUAACUUCUAGUAUGUUAUAAAAUACCCAAUUUGUAACCGCUUUGCAAUUGGUUUUUAUUGUUUAUUUGUUGUAGUUUUUAAUUAUUUUUCUACCUCUUACCAGAUUUCAAAUGUGGGUCACAAAAACUACUGCUCUGUGAGAUACAAUUUUAUCAUUAUUAUUUAUUUUUAUUGUUUUUUUAUGUAGGGCUUCUCCAAUUCUUAUUUCUGUCUCUUAUU